CCGGGAGGCUUCCCAGGUUGCUUUGCGAAGGUACGGCGGGGAGACUGUAAAUGUCAGUCGGCACACAAGGCAAUCAGAGCGUUUAAAUCCGAAUAAAAAGAGGACAGACGCUAAGGUGCAUAUCAACUUAUCUUGGAAGAACUUUUGUCUUAGUAUCCGUUGCUGGAGCUGACGUUUUUCCCCUGCACGCCAUGUAAUAAGAACGCGUAGGCGCGGAUACGUAUCUAGCGGGUGUGUGGAGGGUUGUGAAGCCUUGCUAAUUAUAGUGGGCUGGCUCCUAAGUGGGACAGUUCUCCGUGAACAUGAUUAGUAUUUUUCUACGAGUUGUGCACUAUUCAGAAAAGCUGCACAGGUCCUCGGGGAAGCGAUUGUUUUUGCCACACCUCGUAUGUAACAAAGCUUGCUUGAAGACUGAACCCAGCUUGAGAUGGUGGCUGCAAGAGCAGAUGAAAACGGUGGGACCUCGAGAUAUCCUUAGAGUUACCCAGAAAGCCAUCUGGACGCAGGGACCCAGUGCCCUGAAAGCAAAAGAGGACAGCAGCAAACAGGUGUCCGUGCACAGAAGUCAGAGAGGAGAAACCGCCAUCUCAACAUCUCAGAAAGUAAAAGAAGCCGGAAGAGAUUUCACCUACUUAAUUGUGGUGAUUAUUGGGAUCGGCAUUACAGGUGGUUUGUUCUAUGCAAUAUUCAAAGAACUUUUUUCUUCAUCCAGUCCUAAUAAGAUAUAUGGGAAAGCCUUGGAAAAAUGCAGAUCACAUCCCGAGGUGAUCGGCAUCUUUGGCGAGCCGGUUAAAGGCUACGGGGAGGCGACACGGCGCGGUCGAAGGCAGCAUGUCAGUUUUGUGGAAUAUGUAAAAGAUGGGCUGAAACACAUGCGAGUGAAAUUCUACAUCGAGGGCUCUGAGCCGGGGAAGCAAGGGACAGUGCACGUGGAGGUGAAAGAGAACCCUGAAAGCAGCAAGUGUGAGUUCCGGUAUAUAUUUGUGGAAGUUGAAUCCUAUCCUAGAAGAACCAUUGUCGUCGAAGACAAUCGGUCCCAAGAGAAGUGAAAGACUCCAGCGAGCGCUGUGAACUGGGUGUUGACCGGCGAGGACUGGCCGCUCUGACCGUCGCAGCCCUCCUCCACGUCUGUGCAGAAGAAGGCAGGCGAGCACGCAUACUCCUCAAGUAAUGUGAUAGGGCAGUUGUCGCAUCCAGACAGCCUAAGUUAGAGAUUUCCGUGUGAAAAAUCAUGACGUUGAGCGUAUUUCCUGUUAUCCCCUUGAACUGUCAAUCAUGACAGUAUUUCUGCUCUACUUAACAUCUGUCAUGAUAGGAAAUUUUUGUUACUGAAAAUUUUACACCAUAUAAAUAAAAUCGAUUUCAGUAUUUUA